UAUUUCAGAGCUUUCGAUUCUUCUCUUUUCAGUUCUUGUUAAACGUGCUUCCGACCGCCUUGAAUUUGACGCCGAUAGCCAAUUGCUACGUCCUCGAUAACUCUAGCCGUCUGGUCGAUUUUGUAUCCUUUCAGAAACGAUUGGUUUAGCUUGCUCAAUAAUAAUACUUAAUAGUUAGUACAGCUUCAAGUUUGGGUUUUGAUUCUGUUUCAAGUUGUUUUUCACUUGCGUAUCAAAUCAGACUAGCUGUGGUGACCGAAUCAAGGUACUGUUUUGAAGAUCCAUGGAUGACCUGAUUAAAUCUGUAUAUUUGGUGCUGCAUUAUUCUGACACUAACGGCGUAGGAGGGUUAUUACAUAAAAUACAAAUCAGCAAAGAUGGAAAAGUUAUCACUAAAUCCACAGAAGAUAAGCCUGAACCCCCUGCAAGGAAGUUGUUUGAUGAAACAGAAAUAUCAUGGGUUCCUUUAGUGUUCUGUGAGAGAAUUGCCUCCAAGUUAUACAUACUUGCAGGUGAACGAUACAGAGCAGCAGAAGCUGGGGCAAAAGUAGCAUAUAUUUUUGAUCCAAAGGCAUCUGGAGACUUAGUUAAAUUCAAUCGGCCUUAUAUAUUCGCGACAUUUCCAAAUAUUAUUGCAGCGCAUGGCAGGCUUUAUCAUCUGGCAACUUUGUUAGCCCACAAACCGUGUGUGCCCAUGCCCUUUGAGCUAUAUGAUCCCACCACCAACUCUUGGGAUCCUUUAACUCCUGUACCUAAUUUUGCAUUCAUCCCACAAUCUUCACUAGCUCGCAGGGAGUUGAUUGGUUAUGCUGUUUGGGGCAACUGUAUUUUGCUUUCAUUAUGGUACCCUUCCAUGAAGUUCAAACCAGCACAUUUCGUACCAGUAGUUUUCAAUGCAGAAUUGGAAACAUGGCAUGAAGUCAAAUUCGAUCAAGAACAAUGGAUACAACGUUUUCCUUUCUUUGGGAAGGCUGCUGUUGUAGGGGACACUAUAUAUGCCUUUGGUGAUAAAAAGGGAAAGUUUAUAUCAUUCUCUAUUAAGAAGUCUGGUUCAGAGGAGGGUGGUACUCUUAUUUACUCUCUAACAACACCUUACGAGUUGGAAGGCUUGAAGAUUACUCAAAGUGCAAAAUAUAGGUAUUAUUCUAGCAUAACAGAGUGUUGGGCUCCUUUGGGUGACUUGGAGUUCUGUUUAGUCCAGACUAUGAGCUAUGGGGCUAAUAGGUAUCAACCUCUUUUUAUCACCACGUUCAAAAUCAUCCAUAAAGAAGGGCGGAAGAGCCAUAUUGAGACCAUACAUUCUACCCUCCAGUUUGUGAGCUCUAAAGGUUGUGGUCAAUUCUGGAUUAGAUUUGGCUACUGUCCAGAUUAUGAACCCAAAGAAGCCAUGUUAACUACGACAAAGGGCAUCCAACAAGAGAGAAACAGGAUAAAGGACAGCUCUCAGGAGGUUGACUGUGACAUUCUACUUUUUGAACCAAAAGAAGAGAGUUUGACAAAUGAGAAGGUUGACAUCCAAAACGAGACGAGCACGGUAAAAUGCAGCCCUUGCAAGGUCACUAAGCUAGAUUUUGAACUCGGAGGAGAGAGUGCGACUAAGAUAAAGGGGGAGACAAAUGAGAUAAUAAACAGCCCCGGCAAGGUUGACUCAAACUUACGGGAUUUUGAACCCAAAGAGAGUGUGAUUAACAGGAAAAAGGCGAGAAGCCUUAAGAGAAAGGUUAAACGGUCAGAGAAAAAGAGAACUAAAAGAGACUCCUACAUUGUCUCUCUUGUCAAACAUCAAGUCUCUACAGUUAAAUUGUACGCAAGAGGAAGAGCAUUUGUCCCCAUUACUUGUCUCAUCAUCCUUUUCAGUGGUUUGCUCUAUGGAUUCUUCUCUCUUCCAGAUACUGGUGAUGCGCUAUUCCUUGGGAAAUGGAUAGGAAUAUGAAGCAGACCUGCUAAAGUUUAGUUUGGAGUAGUGCUUGGGAGUUUUUGAUCAGGAAGACUAAUCUAAGCUUAAUUAUUUCAAGAACCUUGAAAUUAUUAAUUUUGCAUUCUUCAGUGUCUUAAUUAUGAAUUAAACUCUACUGUGGAGAGUCUAUAUAUAUUUACAUUAAAAGUCCCAAUUUUAAGCCAUUCUAGCACAUUUAUGUUUUCAACAAAGUUGCAUUACUUCAGUUUCUUAUUGUACCAGUAAUUGUUAAGAGUCUGUUAAGACUAAUAUCAUAUGGAAGACAAGAAUAUGAUCGUCCAGAAUGACUCUUGACCCAUGUCAUCGCACAUAUAUAUUCUCACCUGUUUAGGGGUUGCAUAUAAUAGAAAGUACAUUUAUAAUAGCCUAAUAAUGCUUGCUGUGACAAUUUUUUUUUCUUUUUCUUUUUUUGGUGACAAUUCUAAUGUAUAGAAAACUGAGUCUGGAGGGAGGUUCAGCUACACAUUUAUGAUGCAUGUGUAAAUAAACUAUUACCGGACUAAAAUUUUAUACAUACCAGUGGAUAAUAUUUAACAAUAAAAUUGUUUUAUGGGCUAAUUACUGUUUAGUACCCUAUGGUUUGGGUUGAACAUCAAUUCAGUCCCUCGACUUUCAAUUUUAUCAAAAACACCCCCACACUAUCAUUUUCUCGUCCAAUAGCUC